CUCCGCUGUUGUUGCAGCCAUUUUACUGAGGACCGUCGGCGCAGCGGCGGGAGGAGGAUGGCGACUCGGCCCCGUUGAAAGGACUACAAACAUGGCUGACGCGCGGAAAGGUCCCGUGGUUGGCCGGCCAUUGGUAUAUGCGAAUGAAGAGCGUAAAGCUGUUCAUUCCUGGUCUCGGAUCUCGUCGGCAGGGCACAACGUCCUUCUGGAUGCUCUCCAGAUCCUCAGUCCAAUGUCCCAUGACUUCUCAUGCACGGAGGAGUUAGUCACCUUCCUUCAGGAGCUGAGCGAGGAGGGCCACAAGCCCCUUGUGCUGAGCAGCAAGGACGUCUACAGAUAUCGCUCCUGCACAAGCCAACUCUUGACUGUAGACAUGCUGAAGCCACCCAACAAGAACGUUAGACCGACAGGCAAGAGAAAGGUAAGGAGGCCCGUGACCAAGAAGAGAGAGGUGCACCCAUCCUGGAACACUUCUGAGGAGAGCAUCCCCAUAAUUCAAGGGGUCCGCCCUCCAGAGCUGCUAGCGGACCAUCCCACCAUUGUCUGCAGUAGGACCCCCCUUCAGACUGCAGAGACGUCGCGGACACUGCAGGUGCAGCCAUGUCUCAGACUAACCAACAUUGAAGGCCGGUCGGGAUUCCACACGGCCAGACUCCAGAUCCACACCACCUGGAACUUGUCCUCUGAGGCUCCCUCUGUUGCCUUUUCACAGCAACAGCACCCUCCAAUGCUAUCAGGAAUACCUUUGCAGCCUUCCCAGAAUGGUGCCGGGGCGUCCACCAAAGCCGUGGCCUUGUUUAGUCAGAAGACCCUGUCCUGCCCUAUCCGACUUGAUGGUGCCCUCAUUGGAGAUUCGGCACCAGUCUUCUCCGCUAUUGGUGUUGCGUUUCCACAGACUCACACAGAGCUGACCAGCAAUGGCUUCCACAGGGACAGUCAGGGCACGUUGGAAUUAAACAUCCCGGCCCGGCGGAGAAAUGGCUGGAAGGACAAGAACCGUUUUAGAUGGAAAGUGAUAAAGGUGGACGACUCUCGGUCGGUAGCCGACGCUCGCAGGAAAGCGCAGAAGAUCCUGCAGGUCAAUCUUUCACCCGUGAUUAAGAUCCAACCUCUCAAUCACGUCUUGAGAGACUUUAGAUACCAGAAUAACUGACAGUUCCCCCCAAAACCCAUACACAUUGUGUCCUAGCAGAUGUUAGUGUUUUAAAGUCCACUCGCCUGUAGCUGGCUGAGCCCCAGUGUUCAUAGCAGACAUCAUACAUGGGUUUUUGGGAUCUCUGCUGAGUUUUGGAGGUCAAGAAGUAAGUCUUAUUGUGGAACUUCUGUUUCCUGACAGGUGCACCCGGGAUAGAAAGAGGUUUGAAUUUGGAUGAUGCUUUUACUGGGAAACGUCAGGUGGACGAAUACUGGUACAUUGUUUCUGUCCACAGAAUAUUUUGUGUUGACAAUUGAAGUGUACGACAUACACAAUGCUAAAGCUAACCAUCAUUCUUCCCAAGUCUCCCUUUCAACGAGGCACUGGGUGUGUUCAAGAGCAUUAAUGCAUUUACAAGUGAGUUGAAGUCCAGCACCAAGUGUUUUUACUUGCAGUGCUUAUCCACAGUGCUCUCGCUCUGUGGGGCCUAUUCUCCAUAGCAAAGAAAGAAUGAAUGGCAGAAUAGGACAAUCCCACUUCACACCCAGAUAACUGGUGGAUGAACAAGGCGGGUAUGCAAGUUCUUCAGACAAGCAGAUGUGAUGGUUAACUAAAAGGCAG